CAUUUGCACUUUGAAUCCUUUGAAAUGUUUGGCUAGAUUGUUCUGUAAUCAUUUUGGUAAGAUUUUCCUUUGCUAAAAUGAUCAUGUUCAAAUAUUAACAAAUAAUAACCAUUCGGCAUGUACGCGCGUUUGUUUUCAAUAAAAAUAAGCAAAUCUCUUUCGAGUGCGGUUGCAGUUCGUCAUUUCAAUGUGAAAAGUACUACCAAACUUGGGUUUCCAUGCUCCUACACCGAAGAGGAAACGCGUAAAAUUCUGAAUACUUUGAAUGGACAGGAUGUUGAGCAGCUUUACAAAUAUGAUAUAUCGAAAAGCCGACUCAAAAGAAUUGAUGUUUGGCGCAGAAAAUUUGGCACGUUUAUUUCGCUGGAUCAAGUACUGGAACUGGACGGCUUCGGUAUAACCGUACUGCGAAAGUUCUACGACUCUAUAGUCGAGAGUCCCAAGGAUGUCAACUCAACUUCUAAACUUAUAAAAAAGGAUACGAAAUGCACAAUCCCAUUUUUUCCCACCGGUCUGAUAUCAAAAGUGAGCAGUUGUGUUUCUUUAUAUAUUGGACUGGAUUUUGUAACCUGGGCCAAAUUUCAAAUUGAUGAGAAUCAACCGACGGUGUUAACCGGCUGGAAUAGUUUCGCCAUAUCGGAUCGAAAACUGCUCGUUACUGACUUAAUUCGAAUCGUUACUCAAAUUAAUCAGUUGAUUCCGGAGGCGGAUGUUUACGUAGUGGAAAAUCCUGCUGUAGCACAAACUGUUGCGACAGGAAGUGCUCUUAAAACCAAUAUUAGUAUCCAGAAAUCACAACUCAAUGCGAUGGUAAUGCUAAUGUUGUCGAAUCGACCUACAGAGGAUCCUGAUCUAGCUUACAAAAACGUUUACUUUCUGAAACAAUUCAUUUCCGCGCGCCUAUUCGGAAUUUAUGUGGGUACUGAGCGAGUGUCAUCCGAAACCGUAGUUCGAUCUUUAAUGGAGCAUCAGGUUGGCUUGAAUGAAAACAAUUUGGAGAAUAUUCAGUCCAAGUUGAGUAUUCCCUCCGGUUUAAAGGUUUUGUACGAGGAACAUUACGAUGCCGAAAGAGAAUUUCUUGGCCAAUCAUUGUUGCUCGGGUUGUCGUUUCUGAGAUUGUGCGUUUUCGAGUGCGAAAACAGUUUAAGCGUUUUACGAAAAAGAUAAAAACGCCUAAAUUUGUAAAUAAACUAUAGUUAUGCAA